AUGUUGGAAACACACGUCAGUAAAAUAACGUAUGUGGCCAACCAACUCGAUGGGCAGAUCAAUUCGGCAGAACAUCGUGUCAGUGAAGGCAGCACAGCAGUGAACCUGUUGCACCAGACCGGGCCGCCCCCUCCAUGUGUCCGCCCCUGCUCCGUGCAUAUUAACCCGAGCUCUCUCCUCCUCCAGCCAGCCUCCGUUCUCCCACUCACACGCCGCUGUCACCACUGCAAGUCCCGGCUGAACAUGGCUUCUAACAGGGUUCUGGUCUAUGGAGGAAGAGGGGCUCUGGGCUCCAAGAUAGUGCAGCAUUUCAGGUCCAAAGGCUGGUGGGUGGCUAGCAUCGAUAUGGCAGCUAACGAGGAGGCAGAUGAAAAUGUCAUUGUGAAGAUGUGUGAAUCUUUUACUGAUCAGGCUGGACAGGUGACCGCAGAUGUUUCACAGUUGUUGGGCGAACAGAAAGUGGAUGCCAUCUUGUGCGUGGCCGGGGGCUGGGCCGGAGGAAACUGCGGAUCCAAAGAUCUAUACAAGAACACUGACCUGAUGUGGAAGCAGAGCGUGUGGACGUCCACCAUCUCCAGCCACCUCGCCGCGCUGCACCUCAAACCCGGAGGACUGCUGACGCUGGCCGGAGCUAAAGCUGCUCUUUCAGGGACUGGAGGAAUGGUGGGAUAUGGAAUGGCCAAAGCUGCGGUCCAUCAGUUGUGUCAGAGCCUGGCGGUCAAAAACAGCGGGAUGCCUUCAGAAUCCACAGCCGUCGCGAUCCUCCCGGUUACCUUGGAUACGCCCAUGAAUAGGAAGUUCAUGCCGAAAGCAGACACCAGCUCCUGGACGCCGCUGGAAUACAUCGCAGAGUUGUUCUUCAGCUGGGCCACAGGGGUGAACCGUCCGGCUUCAGGCAGCCUCAUGGAACUGGUGACUGCGGCUGGGCAAACUACAGCCACGCCAGCCCAGUAG